AUGGUUCUCACUGACAGGAACAAGUUUGAAGACGAGAUUGCAAGCGAGCAGGGUAAUAGUUCGACUAGUGAUGCCAACUUUCACGGCGGACUGGGGUUUCAAUGCGUUCAGCAGGUAAAGCUCAACAUCCUUGGUGGAAAGGUUUUCCAAUGGAUAGUCGACACUCCAGCAGUUGCGCAGACCGUCAGGAAAGGCAUCCGCCUCGGCCCUGAAGUAGCCACUGUCACCGAAGUCUUUACCCCAGCUGUUUUUGAAACGAAAGAUUGUAUUUUCGCCGUCUUCAAAACCUGUAAUGACGAUUGCAUGCCCAACACCAAUGGUCUGCGAAUACCGUGGUUCAGUAGGGCGAUCUAA